AACUGGAGAGUAAGGUUAUUUAACGUAGCUGGAGUACUCUGUGCCCAUAAAUUUUCUUUUUGGACCAACUCCUUGCAUAUGUUUAUGUCCAGAUCUUUACAAUUUAAUUACCCUUUACUAACAUGUUCUUUAGUGACAUAAUAGUACAGGGAAAGAGCAUGAAGAAAAAGAUAAAGUUGCUGUGUCAGUGAAAUUGUUGGAUGUUAGUGGGAUCCAAGUGAAUAGAUCCUAGCAUAAAAUCAUUGUUGAUUAGGCUUGAUCCUAGUUAUUUCGGUUGAGCUUGACCUGUAAACUGUCCUUGCAACUCAGAUCUAUAAGUCCUAGAAAAAAAUUGGAAUGUGAUAUUUCAGAGAAGAGUUCUUUGGAAAAGAGUCCUUUCCUUUGGUUGAUGGUUUUUUGAGGGUCUAUACCAGAGUGAGAUCAGGCUUUUGGCUAGUGCACCCAUUGCUCUGGAACUUGCUGUUGGGUUCUGAGUUGUAAAUUUUGUCCUCUCCUCCUCCAUGAAGUAUGUUAGAUUUUAUAGUUUAAGAGCGAACCUGAGGAAAUCAAUUAGAAGAUGGAUGGGUAGAGCCGGAGUGAAAAGAUGCUCAUUUAGAUAUAUACAUCCAACAGGAAACAGCACAAGAUAAACUCAAGGAAAAACUCGUUUCCAACUACUCACUAUGUGAAGAUGUUAGCCUUAGAAGGAAAUAAGUGAUCUGCACUCAGACUCCUCAUGCAAGAAUUAAGAUAAUAGAGCUAAAAUGAGAGGCAAUGUCAUUCUUGUUAUUUCUGAAAGUGGCAAGCCGAUUGAUUUUUGGAAGAGGGCAUCAAAAUCUGGAUGUUGAGUCAGAUGAAAGAAAGAAAAAGAUACAAAAAUUCAAGGAGUCUGCUUGGAAAUGCAUGUAUUUCCUUUCGGGAGAGGUUCUGGCCCUGAGUGUUACUUAUAAUGAGCCUUGGUUUACUAACACGAAGUACUUUUGGGUAGGGCCAGGAGACCAAGUCUGGCCAGACCAAAAAAUGAAGUUAAAAUUGAAAGCAGUGUAUAUGUAUGCUGCUGGAUUUUACACAUACUCCAUAUUUGCUCUGAUAUUUUGGGAAACAAGGCGUUCAGACUUUGGGGUGUCUAUGAGUCAUCAUAUUGCGACUGUCAUUCUCAUUGUGCUCUCGUACAUAUUCAGAUUUGGUCGUGUCGGUUCAAUUGUCUUAGCUCUUCAUGAUGCUAGUGAUAUAUUUUUGGAGAUAGGCAAGAUGUCCAAAUACAGUGGUGCUGAAGCAAUGGCUAGUUUUGCAUUUAUUCUAUUUGUUUUAUCUUGGAUCAUACUGCGCCUCAUAUACUAUCCAUUCUGGGUCCUUUGGAGUACAAGUUAUGAAGUUGUCCAGACCUUGGACAAGGACAAGCAUCCGCUGGAUGGUCCAAUCUAUUAUUAUGUGUUCAAUUCUCUUCUAUAUUGCUUGCUUGUUCUCCAUAUUUACUGGUGGGUCCUGAUUUAUCGGAUGCUUGUUAAGCAAAUCCAAGCAAGAGGUCAGCUUAGUGAGGAUGUUCGGUCUGAUUCUGAAGGCGAAGAUGAACAUGAAGAUUGACGAACAUAGUAAUUACAGCCUCAACAACUCACAUAAAGGUGAUAUUUUUUUCAAGGAGGAAGCCAUACUGUUUGGUUCUUUUUGUGCAUGCAUUUGUCUCUGAAAAUAAUUACAUUAUCCUAAUGUCAGACAAUUGAAACUUAAAAAAAUUUAUUAGUCGACAGUUUCUCCUUCAAAAGAUUUGUCUGGGCCAUUUCUUCGCAGUGGUUUUAAAAUGUCUGAUGUGCUUCAUUAACCAAACUGGAAGGACUGGUAUCGAAUUUAAGGGCUUGUGGAUGGACAUAGAGGUCAGAUGCUGAAAUGGAAAUGGAAGGUAGCAGUGUGUGAGUAGCUUGAUUAUUUAUUUGCCGCCUUCUUACCUUUGAGCUUGUUGUCUCCUCGUGGAUGAUCUGUUGUAAGAAAGUUUUACAUUGAUUUUGAAGACUGUAAAAACUUGGAGCACCCAGCCAAUUUUGAGGGCUCACCAUUGCAUUUUGAUUUAUCCUUGUUCCCUACCUAGAGGAAUUUUUAGUUCUUAUUUUAAGGUGAUUUUACCUAUUUGUAGGUCGAAUUUCCACGUUAUUCUUUUCAAUUUGAUUAAUGAGGAUUUUUGUUUCCUGA